ACAUUACACACACACACACACACACACACACACACACACACACACACACACACACACACACACACACACACACACACACGGAGAGAGAGGCUGACAUUCCUUCAUCUGUGACCAUCGAGGCUCGCUCGCCCAUGCCGUUCCAGCAGACAGCUGCAGGCCCCCUGCCGCCGGCUCGGCCCCGACACGGAGCCUGACUCCGGGUGGACAGACGGAGCCACGCCCCCUUCGCGCCGCCACACAGCCACCAGAGGGGCGGGGGCAUGGUGUAGCCCCGCCCCCCCUGACCGCCAGUCAAGAUGAUGGCCUCGGUGGUUGUCGGGGGCAACCGGAGGAAGUCGCUCACGCUGAGAGGGGUGGACCCCGAGACCUGCAUGAUCGUCUUCAAAAACCACUGGGCACAGGUGGUGAAGAUCCUGGAGAAACAUGAGCCUGCUCGUCCGGCCUGCGGGGCGUUCAGUUUCCUCUCUGGUCAUUCUGCCGGAGGCUCUGCGCCGCCUCGUCUGGGGGUCAUCCCGGCCGACGAGGCCAGCGCCGUCCAGAACUACGUGGAACACAUGCUCUUCCUGCUGAUGGAAGAAGAGGCCGGGCAAGGUGGAGCGAUGGGUCCCAUCCUGGAGUUUGUGGUGGUGGAGGGAGUGAUGGAGCGGCUGUUCCUCUGGAGCCUGAGGAGGCAGUUCACCGAGGACAUGAAACUGGAGCAGCUCAGGAUGUACCAGAUGCUGCUGUCGCAGGCCAGACAGCCGCUGCUGCACCACAAACCGGUCCUGCGACCGCUCAUGAUGCUGCUGGCCUCCUGCGCCGGAGCUGGAACCGGCAGUGGUGGUGUGGUGGAGGCCGAGCUGGUUCUGCUCUUACACCAGCUGUGUGCUGCUCUGGUCAAGGACCCGUCUGUCCUGGAGCUUUUCUUCCACACCAGUGAAGACCAGGGAGCUGCCAACUUCCUGCUCUUCUCCCUGCUGAUACCAUACACACACAGGCAGGGCUCGGUCGGCCAGCAGGCCCGAGAGGCUCUGCUGCUCAUCAUGUCUCUGUCAGCGUCCGAGCCCCGAGUCGCCCAGCACAUCGCAGACAACACCUACUUCUGCCCUGUGCUGGCCACAGGGCUGUCUGGUCUGUACUCGUCUCUUCCUGCCCGGCUGCAGGUUUACAGUGAAGACUGGCACUUCCUGGACCAGGCCGACUGGCAGCAGGUUCCAGCGCUUGUCCACUUCCUGCACUCUCUGGACUUCUGCAGUGCCGUUACCAAGGUGGCACAUCCCUCCAUCCGGUUGCAGUUGCUAGGUUACAUCUACAACGGCUUCCUGGUUCCUGUUUUGGCUCCUGCGCUGCACAAGCUGACCGUGGAGGAGGUGAUGACCACCACGGCGUACCUGGAUCUGUUCCUGCGCUCCAUCGCAGAGCCCGCCCUGCUGCAGACCUUCCUGUCCUUCAUCCUGCUGCACACGCACGACAACGUGCACAUCCUCGACACGCUGGUCAGCAGGGUCAACACACCCUUCCAGCUGGGCACGGUGUCGCUGGCUCUGUUCAGGACUCUGAUUGGUCUGUUCUGCGAAGACGUUAUGCUGCAGCUGGUGUUCAGGUAUCUGAUCCCCUGCAGCCACCUGAGCAGGAGGCAGCGCUGCUCUCUGGACCAGACACACUGCCUGUCCUCCUGCGCCGCCUCCUUCCUGCUCCUCACCCCGUCCUGGUGCCCGCUGCACCUCCCACACACACACACUGAGCACAUCCACUGGCCCCAAGGAGCAGAUCCCUCGGUAUCGGACAGUGUGGCUUUCUGUCGCGGUUCAGACUUUCUGAUGGACGUGAACUACCUUCACUACCUCUGGGACGCCCGGCUGGCGAUCUCCACCGCCCGCAGGGCCUGUCGGCUUUGGUCAGCUCCGUACAACGGGAUCGACCCGCCGCCUGGCGAAUGCCGACCAGAGACACCAGGAUGCGAUAGAGAGGAAGAGGACGAGAUGGCCGACGAUAUCGAACAACAAGACAAGAGCAACUCCGUCUGCUCCGUCUGUCCCACCUCCACCCUCUCCUCCACCUCCUCCAUCUCAGAUACCGUCUCCACAGGCAACCAGGCCGGACGAGCUGGCUCGGUUCUGGAACUGGAGUGGGACGAUAUGUUCUUGGAUGAUGACGCUGCUUCGUCAACAGCUACAACGGCUGUUCUGACGAAUGGCGGAGUUUGUGUGGACGUAUCCGUAGGGGCUGACAGACGCCUGAACGCCGCUCUGCCAGUACCUCCCCUUCUUCCUCCUCAACACAUACAGGAAAUGCGACGCAAUGCAACCAUGUUGGUGCACGGCUUGUACGUGGAGGAAACUGAAUUUCAGGAUGAUGUUCUGGUGUAUGAUCUGGUCGCCCAGAAAGACGCCAAGGUAGCCAUGUUGGACCGGAUGGCCGCCAGCUGUCGGACUGACGGUAACAUCCUGAACGGACAGCGGACAUCAGCUCUGGCAACAAUAGCGAUGACUGGUAAGACGGUGAUGGACACCAUAAAUAGUAUCAUGUCGUUGAGGAGGAGGAGUGAGGACGGAGCAAAGGAGGGCAGGAGGAGCAGCGAGGAUCAUGGGAAGGAUGUGAGGAGUAGAAAGAAAGGAGCCGAUGUGGACAACAAUCUGACAGAAGUGCAAGGAGAGCAGAAUGGAAAACAAUCGCUCGCCAAUGGUUUUAGCGAUAAGAAGGACAUCAUCAGCGAAUGUGAUUACAGCGAGGAGGAGGAGGAGGAAAAAACGAACUGUGAACUGACUUCAGAUGACAAGCCAUGCACGCAAAACUGCAACCUGAAUGUCUUAAAUGCUAACAACCACCACACGCACACACAACACCAUAACACACACCGUCACGAUUUACCAAAUGGUCACGCUGAAUUUGAGUCACAUGAACCGUCUGUAACCGAUAACUUCCUGCCUGUUACUGAGGCGACUAACGGCGAUGACUUCCUGUCCCAGUACCGGGAGCUCAUGCUGUCUUUAGGAGUGGAGCCGGACGGCGAAGAAAUCACCGACAUCGGCUCGUUCCGGAGGCGCAUCCGAGCACUGAGGGAGAGACAGGAGGAGGAGGGGCUUGGAGACAAAGUGUACUUCAACUGGCUGUGGGAUGACGGUGAGGAUGACGGAGAGGAGGUGGUGCUGGAAGAGGAGGAGGAGGAGGAAGGAGAGACGGGGAGAAGCAGCAGGAGGAAAAGCAGCAGGAAGCGUGAAUUCCCGUUCACAGGGCCCUUCAUCAGUGUGCUGCUGUCCCGCCUGGAAAACCUUCUGGAAAACUCCAUCGCGGUCAACCUGCUGGUGACCGGCAUCCUGGCCCAGCUGGCGUCGUACCCGCAACCUCUGCUCAAGUUGUUCCUGCUCAACACGCACACGCACUACCAGCCCACCGUGCGCACCCUGUACCAGGUGUUGGUCUCGGUGCGUGCCCAGAUCGAACGCUACGUCUCGGCCAGACCAGACUAUCCCGCCCUGCUUACUGAGGCCUGGAGGUUCCUAUUGGCUAAAGACCAAGACAGCAAGAUCAGAGAGUGCCUCCAGUCUCAGGAUGAUGACAUCACAGUGGGCGGUCCUCUUCCUAACGGCUCCCUGUCUCCGCCCCCUCUGGGAGCCACCCCCCCUUGUCCGCCCAUCCCCCCCCAGGCCCGGAGCCGCGUCUUUGCCAUCGUCCUGUACGCCGAGUUCCUCAAAGAGCUGGCUGCCAUCGCCCAGGAGCACAGCAUCGCCCCGGACGGCGCCGCCGAGGAGUAGGAAGGAGGGCUGCCAGGUUGAGUCCUUGCCGCAACUUCUGCCGACGUGCCCUGCAGCAAAGCUCUGACCACGUCUAACACACUGCACUGGGGCGACUGAGCAGCUCCAGUAAGACUGAGCGCUCUGAAAUCCCUACAAAUAUGAGCGAAAAACAUGAAAACGUUUAAAGUAAUUUAAUUUAAAGUGUCUGGAGUUAAAUAUCUGUUUUAUUACGGCGGCAUGUUAGGGCCAAAAUACAGAGCCGAGGAGGGGGGGGGGGGGGUAAUAUCCUAGGAAAAAACUCUGAAUUACUGAGACUUAAGUCAUAAAUUCACGUGAAAAAAUCUUGGCUAUUCCCUGAGAUUAAAGUGGUACAUUUACGAGAAAAAACUCACAAAUUAAUUAGGAAAAAAAUAGAAAAUACUGUGGUAAUAAAGUCACAAAUUUACAAGAAAAAAAACCCUGAAAAAACAUAGCUUUUCUUUUACUUUUUUAUGAUAAUAUUGUGAUUCUGGGCUAAAAUGCUAAGUACUUUAUUGUUAAGAAAUCCAAUUG